CACCGACUAAGCAGGCAGCUAGAGUAAGAGAGCACGCAUGUUACAAAGGUAGUCCAGCAGCUGCAGGCAGAUCGAGCUCAAUUGUCUCCUUCCCUCUUGCACUCCCUGGAGCCCAACACCACAAUAGCUCGCAUUCUGCAGGGCAUAAAAGUAACAGCGCGCGCCAACUGCAUUUCAGUUGAGCGUCACAGAGCGAACGAACAGCAGGCGAAAAAAAAAAACAAAAAGAAAGUGAAUUUUAAACAUUCUCAUUAAUCAUCGCGGGCAGUCAUCAUUAUUGAAUUUCAUCAUGUUGGAUAUUAAGAGCUGCUUGAAGAUCAGCUUCCAGGGCGACACAGGUUUCAUCAUCUGCGAGACGGGCAGCAGUUACGACCAAAUCAUUGAUCAAAUCUGCACUCGCUUCAACAUACCGCAGUCACAGCGCGCUGGACUGGUGCUGUCCAAUGGCCAGGGCUAUGUGUUUGAGCAGCAGCUCUUGGAAUACUUUCUGCUGCUCUUUCCCUGCCCCGAGCUAACGUUUCAGCUGCGCAUCGACUGGCAGAAGCUGCGACGCAGCAUCGAGAAACAAAGCAGACCAAGCAGCGAAUCCUCUUCUAAUCCCGUCGAGCAAGAGCAGCCGGAAGCGGAGGCGGAAGCAGAGUAUGUAGCGGUGCCUGUGCAUCGUCAGAACUGUUUUCUGGGCGCGCUCCCCACCAGCUUUGCUCCCGCUCCGACUGCACUGCGUCGCCAGCACUCCUUCGUACAACAACAACAACAACACCAAUUACAACUACAGCAACAGCCUCCUCUGCGCGCUCUACGUCAACUCUCAUCUGUGACCGCCGCUCGUCCACAUCACUCGCAGGCAAAGCGUUUACGCUUGCAGCUCUGCCAGCGUUCACGUCGUCCAGCUCCAGCUGCAGCUGCUCCACAUCUGGCACUCCUUGCCACAGCUGUGGCAGCGGCAACAGCUUCGCGCUCCAUUCGCAUCUAAGGCAGCUGGAGCUGGAGCAGCGUGUACCUAAGGCCUUGAGGUUCAACCAGAGUUCCUAGACACUAAGCAAAUGAUCCCAAAAAAGAAUGUCACCCAUACUCUUUAUGCUUAAUAUUACUGGCAUUGUUGAUUAACGAUCUAUAUGCCUAAAGAGAUUAAAGACAAGUCAAAAAGUCGAGAAAUAUAUUAUAAUACUCAUUAUAAUAUUAAUACUAAUUUUUUCUAUUACCUGUAAGCAAAUCUUUAUGUAAAAAUUAAACUAACAAAUCUUCUAAUUUAAAGAGAUUAAAGAAUAGUCGAAAAAUGUAUUAAUGGCGUUGCCGAUCUAUUAAAGUGAUUAAAGACUAAAGAAAUAAUAAAAAUUUUUUAGCCGAAAUUUAGAAAUAUUACAA